CGAUGAUACACAUUCUAGGACUCGCCCCAGAUUGACGUCUUCACCGCGAGCCUCGUCCGAGAGUUUUGCAGACUUGUCGCCUCAGACCCAUACCCUUAUCGGACCGGUGAGUGCGGGUUUAACGGAUAUGUUGUGCACGCACCGCUUGAGGCUCAAAAACGUCGUCAAAGUGGGUCCGAUACCAACGGCGUAGAUCGGCAAAAGAGCAAAACACUAGGAUAGUGAUACGGUAACCUCAUACCGUCUCUUGACAUAUUACAAAUGCUGGAAAACUUCUAGAAAAUGCGUAUAAGUAUAAGACUACAGCUGGACAAGUAGGGAGUUUGCAUCUCACCAAACAAUUGUACCUCUCUCUCACAUCACUACAUUCAUCACCUACUCAAAAACAUCUCCAAACAACCAUGUCUUCAUCACCAGACUUCAAGGGAUGGGUCGCUCACGACCCCUCUGCCGCCGACGGAAACAUGCAAUGGGGUGACUACACCCCCAAGAACUUCGAGUCCACCGACAUCGAGAUGGAGAUCAGCCACUGCGGUGUCUGCGGCUCUGACAUUCACACUCUCCGCUCCGGCUGGGGCCCCUCGGACUACCCUCUUGUCGUCGGUCACGAGAUCAUCGGAAAGAUCACCCGUGUAGGAGACGAUGUCAAGGACCUCAAGGUCGGUGACCGCGUUGGUGUUGGUGCUCAGAGCGACUGCUGCGAGAGCUGCAGGCCCUGCAAGACUAAGCAGGAGAGCAACUGCAACAACUUCGUCAUGACCUACAACGGCAAGUACAAGUCUGGCGACAAGGCCAUGGGUGGUUACGCAAAGAACUGGCGUGGACCUGCUUCUUUCGCCAUUCCCAUUCCUGAGGGUCUGCCUUCAGAGUACGCCGCUCCUCUCAUGUGCGGUGGUGUCACCGUCUACAACCCCCUCGUCUCCUACGGUGCCGGCCCAGGAAAGCGCGUCGGUGUUGUCGGUAUUGGUGGUCUCGGUCACUUCGCCCUCCUUUUCGCGAAGGCUCUCGGAUGCGACGAGGUCGUUGCCAUCUCCCGUUCUUCAAGCAAGAAGGCCGAUGCUAUGGAGCUCGGCGCUGAUAAGUUCAUCGCCACUGGCGAGGACCCCGAAUGGAUGACCAAGAACGCCGCCGGCCUGGACAUCAUCAUCUCCACCAUCUCUGGUGGUUUCCCUCUGGACCAGUACCUCAACCUCCUUGACGUCAACGGCACUUUCGUUCAGCUCGGUGCUCCUGACGACCCAUUGCCCUCUUUCUCCCCCAUGGGCCUCAUCUUCAAGAACUUGAAGAUCGCUGGUAGCUUGAUCGGCACCAGGCAACACAUCCGCGACAUGUUGGAGUUGGCCAAGAAGACCAACCUGAAGGCUUGGGUCCAAGUCAGGCCCAUGUCCGAGGCCAACGACGUCAUUGUCGACUUUGAGAAGGGCCUUCCCAGGUACCGUUACGUGCUCAAGAACUAGGAGUUUAUGAAUGAAUUAGACGAUACCCAGUAGAUGUAGAUUUUGUAGUAUAGAACAAUUCGAGUACUUGUCUCCUCGAUCAUCUUCCCCACAUCACGAUGUUUGCUACCCGUGUUGAUCCCGGCGCAGUAUGACAGAGCGAUCCUUGUCGACA